AUGGUAAUAAAAGAGGAGACGGAACCAUUUUUUAAAGUAUUUAGAAUAGUUAUACUUAGAAGGAUUAUAUUUGGGUAUAUAGAAUCGAUUGGAGGUGAUGGUAUAUAUUACAAUACAAAGUACAUUCAAUCAUUGGAUCUACUUGGUAUUACUAGAUUUGGAAGUGGUGUUCAUCAUAUCAUAAAGAGCAAUGUAGAGAGAUUACUUGUAGAGUAUCCAUCGUUUGUAAGAAAGUUUGAUAUGGAGGAUAUGAUCGAUCGGAUGGAUUACAAGACUGCAAUGCUUCUCAAUCAGAAUGGUUUAUUCGAUUGUUUGAAUCAAGAUGAUUUGCUGCGUCUGCUUUGGAAGACAUGUUCAAGUGGAUGGCAGGACAUGUUUGAAAUGAUCUUGGCAAAGAAACCAUACAAGAGGGAUAUUGAUAAAUGUUACGGAUCGGUUGAUAUGGAAAGUUUUGUGAAUCCUCUUUACAUUGCCUCCAAGAAGAAUGACCAUGUAGAGAUGAUCAAAUAUUUGUUGGAGCAUCCCGUCUACUCGAGACGACUCUCUUGUCAUGUUCAAUCCUUGUUUGAACAAUCAGCUUUUAAUGUUCAACGGUAUCUUUUCGAAACUCAUCAUGCAACCAUUACCAUUAGAGUGUUGCAAAGGGCGUGUAGCAGUGGUCAAGCCAAUCUCAUCACCUUUAUGUUGGACAAUGAGACUAUCAGCAGUCAGCAGGCACCAAAUUACCGUCCAUGUAUAUCAUUGGGAUACGGUAAAAUCGUUGAUAGUAUUGACAUUUGGAAAAGACUAUUGAGUCAUCCAUUGUCCUAUCGUCCCGACCAGUCAAUCUUGCAAACUUGUUUGUUGACAGAAAGGAACAAACACCUAUCACUUGAAACAUUCAAAUAUCUUUUGGACAAGUUAUCAUUUCUAGUGGAUGAACGGUUUUUGAUAGAUGCUAUCAAACUGCGACCACAGUUGGAUUGGAUCAAACCUGUGUUUGACAAUCUAUCAACAACUCCUGGCAAGCUUACAGACCCAACAAAUGUUUUACAAGUUUUGAUGGAAUAUGGUAAUCUAGAAUUAUUGAAAUACUUUAUGUCUACAACAAAGUAUGACAAUAAUAUUAAUGGUACACUACCACAGGAUAUUUCACUUUUUUUAAAGUCUAUACCUCUUGGUGCACACAUACCAUUGGAUAUAAUCACAUUUAUGUUUGAAAGUCAAUUAUUUGAUGAUCAACAGGUUCAACCUCACGAUAGUACCGAGGGAUACCAUAAUAGUAGAUAUUAUGUAGAAUCUGAAUGCUAUCUUUAUGAAAAGGGUGUGUUUCAACAUACCCUAUAUUCACUAGACUGGAUUGCCGAUCGUGGUCAUCUUGGACUUGCCAAGAUCAUUGUCGAAAGUAAAAAGUGUCGCUUUGGUAGAUCGGUCAGUUUACCUGAUGCUAUGAAUUUGGAUCCUGGCCACCUCGACACUUUGGAAUAUCUUUACGAAAAAUACCCUUUCUCCUUUAAUCAUUCAGACAUUUCGUAUGUAUUUGUUGGCAAGUUGAUAUCACAUGGUAAAGAUGCAUUUCUAGAAAAAAUGAUCAACUCUGACCAAACAUCUCAAGUCGUCAAAUUACAUCUACUCUGCCAACUAAGAAAACAAUCAUUAAAAUAUGUUUCAUUUUCAUUGCCUACUCUACUCACUAUUCCUACUACUAUACACUCUACAAGAGAAUGGGAAUAUGAUUGUGAUUGGUUUGGUGAUGGAUCUACUGCUAUGAAAAGUAUAUUUGUAUGUCCAUCACAUAAUCAAUGUUUCCGUACACCCACAACAUUUAAAUUUUAA